CCAACAGUCCCUUGUGAACCACAACAGCAGCAGCAGGGGUACUCGAUGUUAUCAGCCCGAUAGCUUCUGGUUAGACAUCGAUUGGUGGUGCGUCGCGACGUGCUAUAGCAGUACGCCUCAUUACCCGCCAGGCCGUCCGUCAGCUCGCACUGCAGAUAUACCAGCAGCUGUUUGAGACAACCAUGUCUAACAGCUCCACCGCCAACUUGGUUAACACGCAACCAAGCGCCAGGGUCAGUACAGUCUCCAAUAAGUACUACAACCCUUAUCAGCACCGUCAGGUCCCUCACCCGACCACAGAUGGCGAGACCCUAAUGCACUUGCUGAAGGGCAGUCUGGGCACGGGGAUACUCGCCAUGCCCCUUGCCUUCGCCAACGCUGGUCUCAUCUUCGGCAUUAUCAGUACAUUCUUCGUGGGUGCCGUCUCUACAUAUUGUGUCAAUAUUCUGGUGCAAUGUGCCUUCCAGCUCUGCCAGCGUAGAAAAUUACCGUCACUCGGAUUCGCAGACGUUGCGGAAGUAGCGUUCCUGGAAGGUCCUCAGAGAGUUCGCAAGUUAGCUCCAAUUGCGAGGUUCUUGGUAAACAGCUUUAUUGUGAUAGACUUGCUGGGGUGCUGUUGCGUCUACACCGUCUUUGUCUGUUCUAAUCUCAAACAGGUACUGAAUCUAUACAUAGACAGCACGAUAGACCUGAGAUUGUACAUGAUAUGCACGCUGCCGUUCCUACUGUUGAUGAACCUGAUACGUAAUCUGAAGUACCUGGCUCCUCUGUCCAUGGUGGCCAACGUGUUCAUCGCCGUGGGCAUGGGUAUAACCUUCUACUACAUCCUCCUGGAUCUCCCACCCAUUGACAGCCGGCCAGCCAUAGCACCUAUUAUAAAGAUGCCCCUCUUCUUCGGCACCGCUAUCUUCGCUCUUGAAGGCAUCGGUGUGGUAAUGCCACUAGAGAACAAUAUGAAGACCCCUGAACAUUUCCUCGGCUGUCCCGGAGUACUCAAUAUUGGCAUGGGUUCUGUGGUAACUCUAUACUGUGUGGUCGGCUUCCUUGGUUACCUGAGAUACGGCGCUGACACUGCUGGCAGCAUCACGCUUAAUUUACCAGACGAAUUGUUAGCACAGUCUGUAAAAGUGAUGAUAGCCGUCGCCAUGUUCUUCACAUACGCCCUUCAGUUCUAUGUCCCCAUGGAGAUUAUCUGGAAAGGUGUUCAGCAUAAGUUUGUGGAACAUCCAAAUCGCGCCGAAUACAUAUUGAGGAUGUUGGUUGUAACUGGUACAGUAAUUGUUUCUGUACUGGUGCCUAACCUCGGCCCGUUCAUCUCACUGGUGGGCGCUGUCUGUCUUUCCUUCCUCGGACUGAUGUUUCCGUCCAUUGUUGAGAUGGUGGUGUGGUGGGACAUUCCAGGAGGUCUGGGCAAGGGGUACUGGGUCGUCUGGAAGAACAUCCUAGUUAUCUGCUUUGGCAUCGUGGGGUUUCUCACCGGUUCCUACACCAGCCUUGUCGAGAUCGUCGAAGAAUACGGGAAGAGCUGAUCGUGAUCUGGGUCGACCAGGAGUCAUAAACGUCGGUUUGGACGCGAAGUCCUUCCUACACAAUAUCAAACCCCACUAUUAUUCUUAGUUUUCUCAAACGUUGGUCCUCACAACGAGAUUGUUGUUUUUUUAUCAUAAUUAUCUAUAAUCAUCUUCCUUUUUAUAUUUUCUUUCUUCCAUGUCUAUAACGUUGUCAACACUGAUAAUUAUAAUUUUGAUCAUGUUUCCAAAGCUUUGAGACUUGACUGACUCGUUAACUUGUCCGAAUAGAUUGUCAGCCCAGUCAAGUACUUUAUCGGUAAAUAAAUCCAGGGAAUGAGUUUGCAAAACAUUAUCGUGUUCUCUAAAUCAAAACAGAUAAUUCGCAUGCAAAAUAGGCUAUUGUUACAGGAUCGUGAAUACUAAAUCAACUUAGACCUGUAACUUACUCAAAAAUAAAUCAACUCAGGCUAGGAAUUGCAUAAUAUAUUACCACACCAGACGAGCAACUUCAAAUAAAAUAAAUCAAGGUAAGUCACUUUCUGACUCAAGCAACUCAUAAAAGUAACUUGCCAUCGACCUAGGAGUGUAGGGUAGAAAAAAAAUUAAAUUACCUAAUAAAUUGUACACUUAAUGAAUCCAGAUGACCUUCUGACUCGAUUAUAUAAAUAGUUUGCGAGCUGUACAACAGUUUUAAGUUAACUUUUCUCACAUUUAUCAAAGGCGUGGUACAUGUACGGUAGGUUUAACAUCAACAAAUAUUAAUCUAUGAAUUGAAAUCAUCUGAUCAUCACCGAUAAUAAAUUUAAUGAGCUAUCUAAAACCUUCAAAUAUUAAAACAACGUAAGUCAAUUUGCGUUAGUAGUAUUUAUACUAAUUUUUAUUAUUUUCCUGUACUGAUGUAUAAAUAGUUUAGGAUAGGCUUUUGCAUAAAUUAUUAGUAAAAUGAGAUGUUACUGUGAUGACUUUUUUUUUCUAUUUUUAUAUACCAGAUUGGACGUUAAGAUUAUCCGUUUCCACUAUGGUAUGAAAAGAAUCAUAACUAAUUUACCAACGUAUGUAUACAUCUAUACCAAUGACGUAGCCAGCGAGGGGAUCUAAGGGGUCUGGUCCCCUCCAAAUGUUAAAUUUGUUCAAUUACCGGUACUCUUUUAGUCAGCAAUUAUUAUUGUUUAAAUAAUUCAGUAUUAAUGACAUGUACAAUUGAAAGAUUGUUCUCAACAAAGAAAUAGGUCAAUAACUUUUUAAGGAACAAAAUGGGGCCUUACUCGCUGUCCACUACGGGAAAAUAUCAGUUGUCUAAACGCUCCCCCAAAUAUUUUUCCCUGGCUCCGUUCUUGACCUAUACUAAGUCAUUUAAGUGAUGUCAUCGUAAGAAGUAAAGUUAUUGUAAAGUACAAUGUACACUAAUUCAUUUCAGUACUUUCUUAAACUGAUAUUCUUUGCUCAAUUUGACGUUUUUCUUUGAUGUAAUAAAUCUCGUACACUAUUUGAAAUCCAUCGUGUGUUUUCAUUAUUACAUGCAGUUUUUCUUUAUUAUUGUAAUAGAUAUAUCUCUAUCUUAAUGGAAUCAGUUAAAUCCUUAUUAUUUGAUCGAAACAAAUAAGUAUGAUGUUGCAUACAUGCAUUAAUUUCUUGUCGAAGUAAUUUUAGUAGCUAAAUAACAUUUGUAUAAUAUUUAUUUAAUUCAAAAUACGUUGUAAUCAGUUAGAGGACUUGACUGUGAUUUAGCAGUGCAUUAAGAGAAUUGAAAGAGAUUUUAGAUAGUUUAGGAUUUUUAUAUUAUACCAAUAUUGAGUACAUUAUAUACCCUCAGGUAAUCUUAUCGUAUUCCUCUUCAAAAAUGUAAAAAACUGGCAGGAAUGUUGUUCUCCGGCAAUCAGUUACGCGUAAUAUCAAUCGAUACGAGUAAUAAUUAUCUUUUUAUUACUAUAUAUAUAUGCUACUCUUUACGCCAAAAAUCCUGAACAUUCUUAAAAUAUCUGAAUUCUCUACGGCAGCUUCAAUCUACCUUAUCCCUACAAUAUGGUAUAUGCUGCGACCUAUACUACAAAAUUUAAAGUGACUGGGGGUUUCUGUUAAAUUGCGUAUCUUGUAAUAUAGUACAGCACAAUAAUUAUUGUCCUAGUCAUUCGUUCUGAAAAUACAAUUGCUAUACGUCAACCAAAUCAUUAGUCAAGAUAUGUUUACUUUAUGAAUGCCAUGAGCCUACAGUAUAUUUCAGUAAUACAAAACUGCACAGGUUUUGAGCAGGCAAUGGUUGUUGUAUAUUUUGACUUUCAUAAAAAUAUUAAUAGUUCCUAAAUUUUUAAUUAACACAAUAUUUAUAUAAUUUUAGAAGUCAGAUUUUAUAUAACACAGUAUUAUUUCUUUCUUAACUUACCAAAUACAGUAUGCAUAAUUAACGAUUAUUUUUCAGUUAAAAAUAAGCUUUUUAAAUGACAGUAGUUGGUAGGGUGAAUGAUAUAGGCUAUACCAUUUUAUACAGAAUAUACAUAUUUUUUAUCGAUGCAAAACCCGACUGCUCUACAUUUUUGUUGGAAAUAAGUGGUAGAAUGUAAAACUAUGUAUAUACUAAAAUAAUGUGUAUUAAAACAAUGUACAAUAAAUUAUUUAUUGAAUAAAUAGUUGUGUAUUUUGGUAA